CUAUCUGUUCAGCAUUAUCUUAAUUUUUCCAGAGAAGUGACAGACUGUACCAUGAUACAGAAAGCCUUUGUUUUUAUACUAUUUAUGUGGAAUUCAUCCACGUCCACCUCACAAGAUGUCGUACAUCUCCGUCGAUUCUCACUUGGAUGUGAAGCAGUGAUCCCUUGUCAGAAUAACAGAGUUUAUGUAAAUCGUGUUAAGUGGUUGUAUAAAAGACAAAUGCGUGGUGAAGAAAAAACAAUAUUAGUUAUAGACAAGGGAGGAUUACUGAGCCACGGUGAUGCCUUCCCCCAUCAACUAAGAGUUGGAUCCAGGGCAUCCUUGAUCAUUGACUCUUUUACAGAGGACUAUGAAGGCCUGUACUGGUGUGUACCUUUAUAUUGUGACCCAUACAACUGCAGGACUGACAUGUUCAGAAUCAUCAGAGUAAAGAAAGAAAUUCUGAAUGACACGUUUAAGACAGUACACGUGUCUGCAGGAGACACUUUUGCAUAUAAGUGUCCUGGUAAAUUUCCUAACACAAGAUGGACUUUUGAAACAAGAAACAAUUCCUCCUGUAGGAGCCUACGAGAAGUGACUUCAAACAAGUCUAUACAUAUUGUAAAUGUCACAACAAAAGAUGCUGGAAAAUAUACCUGUUCUGUGAGUAAAUGUAACAGACCCUUUGUGAAGCUUCUAACUGUAACACUGUGUGUAACAGAGCACCAGUGCAAGAAUUUAUCAGAUUCUUGUCCAGUUUGUGAUUUGAUAUUAAAUAACACCGAGCUACACAACGUGACAAAUGAACAUUCGUGUGGAUCAUUAAAUUGCAGCUCAGAUCAAAGUACGAACCUCACAUCACACACUUCAAACAACUCACCAGGUCAGUGA